AUGAAUAACGAAAGCGAAAUCCACGAUGUAAUUAUCAUCGGCGCCGGUCCCUGCGGUCUAGGCGUUGCUGCCCGUAUCCACGAAGAUACACCCUCGGCCGUAUUCACCGACGAAGAACACCAGCGAUACCACUGGAUCAAAAAACAUGCUGGCAAAAUGAAUCUCGUCCAAGCAGGCCGAACGAAGAAGAACGGUGUUCGCGCGGAAAAGUGGAAUCGCGGGCUGAAAUGUUGUGAUGAGGUGCCGGAUAGACAGCGCAGAGCAUCAUCGGACUCGGUUUCUUCUGUUCCAUCGCUUGCGUCUACGACUUCCUCUACUUCGUCUUCUUCCUCUAUCUCCACACUCGUCCUAGAUGGAUCGGGUGACCAGUGGAUGCAAAGAUGGAAUAAUGCGUUCCGGACUUUGGAGAUCAAGCAGUUGAGGAGUCCGAUGUUCUUUCACGUUGAUCCAGGGGAUCGGGAUGGGAUGCUUGCUUAUGCACAGGAGAUGGGACGAGAAGGAGAUCUUUGGGAGAUCUCUGGGUGUGUUGGGAAGGAUGUUAGCAAGCAUAAGAAGAAAAAGCGGAGACAGGGUGGGAAGAAUCAAACUAUUGGAGUCGAAAUUGACGAGCGAGACCGCAAAGACUAUUAUUCCCCUUCGACAGACCUCUUCGCCGACUAUUGCAAUACUGUUAUCGACCGGUAUGGCCUGAAUAACCCGAACCUGAUAAAGAAAGAGGAGGUUGCGGGCAUGACGUAUGAUUACCUACCCGAGAGAGGAAAUGGACCAGUGUCAGACGAUAAGAUCUUUACUUUGACCACGACAUCUGGCUUGAAAUUUUACAGUCGAGCUGUUGUCCUCGCUAUCGGUGCUGGCGGAGCAGGCGUCUCUAAGAUCUUUCCAUGGAAGCCUUCCAGCCCAGAGGAGGGCUCUAAUGCAUGCUGUCACAGCAUGGACAUAAAGACAUUCCCGAGCGUUAAUGUACGCACGAAAAUUCAGUCUCGACAGCAGACGAAUGUGGUUGUUGUUGGAGGUGGACUCUCAUCAGCACAGCUUGUGGAUAUGGCCGUGCGGAAGGGGGUAACGAAAGUAUGGUUCUUGAUGCGCUCCGAUCUUAAAAUCAAGCAUUUCGAUAUCAGUUUGCCCUGGAUGGGCAAAUACAAGAAUUUCGAGAAAGCGGCCUUUUUCUCCGCAGACACCGACGAAGAACGCCUUGAAAUGAUGAAAACCGCCCGGAAUGGCGGUAGUAUUACACCUCGCUUCACGAGGAUUGUCAAGCAACAUGCCGCCCAUAACCGUGCAUCUAUUCAUACAAACACAGUGAUCGCCUCGCAUGAAUAUGAUCCGGAAACCCAAACAUGGACCUUGACCACGGAUCCACCAAUCCCUAAUCUACCUCCAAUCGAUUACAUCUACUUCGCGACCGGAGCCCGCGCAGACGUGCGCGAAAUGUCUCUAUUAAGUCACAUGAACGAGCAAUACCCCGUCGAGGUCAAAGAGGGUCUCCCAUGUCUAACAGAAGAUCUAAUGUGGCGCGAAGACGUACCGUUAUACAUGACCGGACGAAUGGCCGGACUACGUCUAGGACCCGGAGCACCCAAUCUCGAAGGCGCCAGAAUAGGCGCGGAGCGGAUCGCGUGGAGUCUAGAGGAGGUACUAGGGAAAGACAAGGAGGUGGGAGAACAGUGCGAGGGAUUCUGUGGGCUGGGGAACCGGUAUGCGUCACUACUCGGUGAAUCAGACGAGUAA